AUGUUGUGCACUUACAGACCAAGGAUACCAAAAGGUUCAAUUUCGAGUAAAACAAUGAAUUUGAAUGUGGAUCCGAAGCUGAUACGUAAUAUUGGCAUUAUUGCGCAUAUUGAUGCAGGGAAGACAACGGUUACGGAACGUUUAUUAUAUCUUGCUGGUGCAACGAAGUUUUUGGGGAACGUUGAUUCUGGAAAUACUGUAACGGAUUUUAUGGAAUUAGAACGUGAACGAGGUAUUACAAUACAGUCUGCUGUAGUAACAUUGUUCUGGAAAAAGCAUAGAAUCAAUUUAAUUGAUACUCCUGGACAUGUCGACUUCACUCUAGAAGUAGAAAGAUGUCUUCGGGUGUUAGAUGGUGUUGUAACUAUCUUGGAUGCAUCAGCCGGUGUACAGGCACAAACUAUAGCUGUGUGGCGACAGGCGAAGAAAUUUUCAAUUCCAUCGGUUUUUUUUUUGAAUAAAAUGGAUAAAAAAGGUGCGGAUUUCUGCAGAUCUGUUAACUCGAUAACGGAGAGAUUGGGACUAAAAAAUCCUAUCAGCGUCUGUAUACCCAUUACGCAUGAAGAAAAGCAUUUUGCGGCAGUAGUUGAUGUAAUUAACAAGCGUUACUUGAAUCUUGACUUAGAUGGCGAAGCACAAUGGACUGAUUUAAAAGAGGGUUAUUCCCAGUAA